UGUACUGUUAAAGGCAAGGUUGUCGUGUCACGCCAGCAGAGGAAUUGGGACUUGGGACACGAUAAACUCGAAAGAGGAUGUCUGUGAAGAAGCAAGGCAGUAGAGGAAUGGGGGGAGGAGGAGAGGAGCUGGUGGGAGAGUCCAUCAUCCGGAUCCCCCCUCAUCAUUACAUCCACGUCUUGGACCAGAACUCGAACAUUGCGAGGGUGGAGAUCGGUCCUCUCACCUACAUCCGGCAGGACAAUGAGAGGGUGCUUUUUUCACCGAGGCGUAUGACAAUGGUCCCCCCCCGCCACUACUGCGUGGUUCUGAAUCCGGUCGCCCGUGGUGACGAAGGCCAUGUGCUGUUUGAUCAGUCGGGGCAGGCUAAGCUGCGCCAUGCUGAUCUGGAGAUCCGGCUCACCCAGGACCCCUUCCCUCUAUACCCAGGGGAGGAGAUACAGCAGGAUGUGACAGCCCUGCAGAUUGUUUACCCUGACACGGCCCUCCGGCUCCAGGCCCUGCUGGACUUUGAAGAGGAGGGGGGCGAAAAGAGAGUGGCUGGAGAUGAGUGGCUGUUUGAGGGACCAGGGACCUAUAUUCCCAGGAAGGAAGUAGCAGUUCUGGAGACGGUGAAGGCCACAGUGAUCCGAGACAACCAGGCCAUCCGUCUGCGGGCCCGCAAAGAGGGCUUGGACAGGGGAGGGGUGCGCAGGGUCACUGGGGAGGAGUGGCAGGUGAGCAAGGUGGGGGCAUACCUGCCUGGAGUCCACGAGGAGGUCGUGGACAUCGUCAAUGCCUUCAUUCUCACUGACAAGAAAGCGCUGCAUGUGAGGGCCCUGAGACCAUUCCGUGACUCAGGGGGGCGGGAUAGGCGUACAGGAGAGGAGUGGCUCGUCACAUUGUCCGACCGUGAGGCACACAUCCCUUCUGUGGCUGAAGAGGUGGUGGGGGUGGUGCACGUGACCACACUCAACAGCCGGCAGUACUGUGUGAUUCUGGACCCAGUCGGACCUGACGGCAAGCCCCAGCUGGGGCAGAAGAGAGUUGUCAAGGGGGAGAAGUCAUUUUUCCUGCAGCCAGGGGAACGGUUGGAGAACGGUAUCCAGGAUGUAUACAUUCUCUCGGAGGAGGAGGGGCUGGUGCUUAGAGCUGUGGAGGCCUUCACUGACACAGAGGGGCAAGAAGUGGAUGAGAGAGAGGAGGAGGGAGAGGGGGGCUCAGUGAAGGGCAAGGUCUUUCGUCGCCCAGGUGAUCGAUGGAUGCUACGUGGGCCAAUCGAAUACGUCCCUCCGGCUACAGUGGAGGUGCUGCUACGGCGACAGGCCAUCCCACUGGAUGAGAAUGACGGUAUCUAUGUCAGAGAUAUCAAGACAGGGAAGGUCCGUGCUGUGAUUGGCCGCACCUACAUGUUGACUCAAGAUGAGGAAUUGUGGGAAAAAGAACUGCCUCACAAUGUCGAGUCCUUGCUGGCAACAGCCCGAGACCCGUUGGCAGAUCGUUCACAGAGGGAGCGUGAAGGAGAGCCGGGGAAGCCGCGGGAUAAAACCAGGGUGGUGUCAUACAGAGUCCCCCAUAAUGCUGCAGUGCAGGUCUAUGACUACCGAGAGAAGAGGGCCAGAAUCGUGUUUGGGCCGGAGCUGGUAAUGCUGGGCCCAGAUGAGCAGUUCACGGUUCUGUCUCUGUCGGGAGGCAAGCCCAAACGACCGAACGUCAUCAAGGCCGUCUGUCUCCUGCUGGGGCCGGACUUCUGCACUGACAUCAUCACCAUUGAGACUGCUGACCAUGCCCGUCUACAGCUGCAGCUAGCCUACAACUGGCACUUUGACGUUGAUCCCCGCUCAGACCAAGCCCAAGCAGCAGCGCUCUUUUCUGUGCCCGAUUUCAUUGGGGACGCCUGCAAAGCUAUUGCUUCCAGGGUCAGAGGGGCGGUGGCAGCCGUGCAGUUUGAUGACUUCCACAAGAACUCAAACCGGAUCAUUUGCUCAGCUGUGUUUGGGUUUGAUGACAAGCUGGUGGUGCGGUCCAGUCUGCGUUUCAGCCAGAACAGGCUGGUCAUCAGCAGUGUGGACAUUCAGUCCGUGGAGCCAGUGGACCAGAGGACCCGAGACGCCUUGCAGAAAAGCGUCCAGCUGGCCAUCGAAAUCACCACCAACUCACAGGAGGCUGCUGCCCGACAUGAGGCAGAGCGUCUGGAGCAGGAGGCCAAGGGCCGCCUAGAGAGGCAGAGGAUCACUGACCAGGCCGAGGCCGAGAGGGCCAGGAAGGAGCUGCUGGAGCUGGAGGCCCUCAGUGCGGCAGUGGAAAGCACAGGAGCAGCAAAGGCAGAGGCGCAGUCCAGAGCUGAGGCGGCUCGCAUUCAGGGAGAGGCAGCCGUGAACGAGGCCAAGCUUAAGGCCGAGGCUCAGAGGAUAGAGGCUGAAGCAGAGCUCCUUCGCCUGGCAAAGGCCAGGGAGCAGGAGCUGGGAUACCAGCAGGAGAUGAACAGGCUGGAGGUGGAGAAGCAGGAGAAACUGGCAGAAAUUGAAAGCCGACGCUUCAAGGAGCUAGUGGGCAGUCUAGGUAGCGAUACGCUGAAGGAGAUGGCCAGAGCCGGGCCUGAGUUGCAGGUGAAGCUGCUGCAGUCCCUGGGUCUCAAAUCCACUCUGAUCACAGAUGGGUCCUCUCCUGUCAAUCUCUUCACUACUGCUAAUGGCCUACUGGGGGCUCUGCAGAACAAGGGAGAGUGAUAAUGUGGUACAGGAUGGAAAAGGCAAAUUCAUAUACAGCAGAUAAAAUAAAUGUGUUAGAGGAAUAGAGAAAUUAUUACAGGGAGCUCGGAAAAACAAUUCCGAGUUUAACCAAAAUAAAAUUAUCUGCCUGUCAUAAUCAGAAUACUUGUGGAAAUUUUGUGGACAGUUUGAGAAAGAUAUGAAGGCGACCGAGUAAAAGAGAAAGAGGAAUGUCUAUCUAUAAGCAUGCACUUUAAUACUCUGGUAUAUACUGUGGCAAAUAACUUACAUAACUGACAGGAUAUGCAGUGUGAGUAAAUUGCAAAUUGUAAAUGUGCCUUUGGUGUGUGAGUUGAGAGGGCUGUCAACACUAACUCUUCUGAUUCAUAGAUUGCUCUGAAAGCUGCAUUUGGCAUAAGAACAUCUUCAAGUGCCGUCUCCUCCUCCAAAUACAUACAAAUGCAGCACUGGAGCAUUGAAUAAAACAGCAUUUUGAUAA